AUGGUUCCUGACGAAUAUUUCGAUGAUCUUCCGCAGGACCCCAAUGCUGCACAACGGCCCAACACACCACAGCAACGACAACCAGUAGCAAUACAGGUGGACACUGGGGAACAUGGAGGUGACAAGUCACGCCUCGGACUACACCAAAGGAUUAAUGAAUUAGAGAACACAAACCUUUCAUACAUUCCUACACAAACGACAGAUAUUAACGCGCAAUGCACCAUGUUUGCGGGCGCGAGUUUGAGGAAAUGCGAACGACAGACCGAACUCGACACGACCCAUCAUGAUACCCCUGGAGUUCUUUCGUGUCCCUUAAUCAUCCAGUAA